UUUUGCUUCUGCUUGUUUUAAAACACAAAAUGUCUGAAGUUAAGCAAAGGAAUAGAAAUAUUUCUUCAUCCAAGAAAAAUGAAAGGUCACAAAAGGCUGAGAUGCAAAGUAACUUUGGGAAGCUGGUAAGUCCCAGGACCAGCAAUACUUGGAGUUCCUUUUGGAUGGACGCACAGACAAGCUUGAGCAUGAUUUCCCUUGCUGUCUGCCUGGUGCUGACCUGGUUCCUGUUUCAGCAGUCAGGUCAAUUUGCUGGUAUGGAAAAAAAGUAUAAUUUCUUACAGCAAGAAGCUGAAAAAUUCCUGGAUGUGGAAAAUAAAGUUAACUUAAUUUCUGGAAAGCUUGAGUCUUCUGAAAGUAUCAUACGAGCAGCUGCCUUGCCUGUCUCUGUGAGGACUGAGUUUGAGCAGGAAAUAUCUUCUCUUCAUAACAUCAUAAAUGAUAUUCAGAACAAUGAGCAGACUCUCUCUCUGAAGCUGCAGAAUAUUAAUGAAAAGUUCCAAAAUGUUACAAAUUCCUGGAGAAGAAGCUUGAAUCAAAUGAACACUAACACCAGUGGCUUAAAAUCAGAAGUGAAAUCCAUACAUACAGGAGUUACUUCCCAAAUUAAUGAAGUUGACCAAAGAAUUAAAUCCCUUUCAGAAAGAGUAAGAGAUUUGGAAGACAGUACAGCCAGAAAUAUGAAAACACUAAAAAGGCAAGAAGAUGAUGAAUUCUCUAGAGUUGAGCAAAAGUUGGACUCGCAUGCAGAGGCAGUUGAAAAACUAGAACAACAACAGAAUAGUCUGACAGCCAAGGGCAGAGACCUGCAUCAGAAACUUGCAAGCUAUGAACCUAAAAUUGAAGAGUGCAAGACCCAUCUGCCAGCAAUUGAAAAUGCUAUUCACUCUAUUCUUAGAUUAUCAAGUGAACUGCUAAGUAUGGAGAAAAAGAUACGUGACUUGACAAUACAGCUAUAUACUGUGGAAAAGGAUGUGUUGAAAUCCAUUUCUGAUACGGUGGCCAUGCAAAAGGUUCUUGAAGGCAUACAGUACAAUAACAGCAUAUUGAAAAUGCAGGGUAAAAUACUGGGUUUAGAAGAAGUCAUGCAUGACAUAAAAGUGUCUUCAAAAGAAAUAACUUUGGAAAGGUGUAACUUAGAAAAUGACCAGAAUGGGGAUAAGUGAAUUGGGAUUUAAGGCCUUCAUUGCUGAAAAAGCACUUUAUAAUAAAUAAUGUGACUCCAACAUAUGUUAAGGAUAGCUGAAAUAUUGUCAUUAAUUUAAAUAGGCAUUAGAUUAGAUUGAAAGGCAAACUUUUUAUAAAGAGCGAGAAAUAUUUUUUUUAAGGAGAAAGGUGUUUCAUCUUAAGGAUUAUUUUAGUUUAUUUAUUAAAUGUUCGUUUUUAUUACAAAGGAAUUAGAAGCAAAAUAUUUAGUGAUAAAGGGGGAGAAAGAAGUCAAAACUGAAUACAUCCGAUUACAAUUUAUGUUCAGUUUUCACUGCUUAUUUUUUUAUAUUGUUACUUUUUGUAUUAUAUUCCAUGGACAAUUAUAUUACCAUGAACAAUUAAGUUCUUAUUUCUAGUCAGAUAUAUAUGAACUUUGUUUUUAAUGUAUUAUAUGCCAUAAUGUUUUUGUGCUUAUAAUACAGACUUCUCAAUGUCAGAGUUGUUACUGGGAUCCACAUAUUUUGUUAUGUGGAGGAAUGCACCAAGUACAUUUCUAACAGCUACAGCUUAGAUACAACAGUAUGACAGAAAGCAAGCACCCCUUAUGGAGAAAUUUGUCUUCUACUGGUAUUUAUAAGCACAGGGUUACAUAGCAGCUGGUGUUAUCAUUCAUUUCUUUCACCCUUUGCAAAUACCCUCCUCAGACCUCAUUUCCAUCUUUUUCAGACUUCCUGAAAUCACUGGCAUACUUCUGUUCUGCCACUGAAGUAGUUGAACUGCAUGUAAACUGAAGUUCUUAUUUACAGAUCUUCCUGUUAGGUGGUUCUUCCAGCAUUUAAUUGGAAAGUUUGGUGUGAUCAGUCACUGAGUUUGUUGGGGCUUUUUGCUUGUUUGUUUGGUAUUUGUGAAUUAAGAUUGUUUUUUCUGGUACUGUUAGAAACAACUUGUAACUUUUGCAGAAUGGUCUCUGUUAGACAUUAUGUGACAUGUCUGGUAUUGCUUUGCAUUUCAAAGGGGAAAAAAACCUCAACAGUGUCACUGACAAUGGUUCCCAGAGUUUGGUGAACCAAGGGCUGCAGGAGCAAUUAAUGAAAGCCAUAGAGUUAUGUAUUUUGGGGCUGGCAGUAUCUAAUUUAUCCACAGACCUAUUACAUCUGCUUACACAGGACACAAUACUAUCUAAUGUGCCUGAUAGCUGUUCACUGAAACUUAGAUCUCAAGACCAGCUUGAAAUUGUGUCUACAGAUAUCUGGCUUGAUAAUUUCAUACUUCUGAACUCAGGAAAGUAGAUUCCUUAGUAGACAGUAUGAACACACAUUAUUUGAAUUAAGUAGGCUAAAGUUAAAUUAUUCUGGCUUUGUACAUUCAUCUAUCCAAACCCUAUUGAAAUCUUCACUACAGUUAAUGUUGCCCACUCCGGAGACUAUUAAGCCAGAACUUCUCAAUGUUAUAAAAUCUAUUAGUUUCACAUACUUAUUACUUAUGUACAGAUUUGUUUCUGUUUAUAGUCGUAUUCAAAUAAAAUAUAUUGCAGUUAA